AUGACUUUGAAAGAUAGAAAUACUCAAUCCUACACCAAAGUUGUAACGCCUAUUUCAGAAAUGAAUAUUUCUACCUCAUUGAUUCAAGUCGUCAGUUGUACGGAUAUCUACCCCGUGUGGUCCUCGCUUAUUUUUGCCUCAUUCGGGCUUAUCAUGUUACUGGCCGUGUGUGGGAACACCGUGGCCUUGAUCAUUUUUCUCUGUCCUUCGUCCAAAUCACGCAUACAGAGGCUUCAUUCCAGACGGAUAACUCUGGAGUCUAAUAUGCGUACAAAGUUCAAAGUGGUCACUUCCUCAUUUAGUAGUGACGAAGGGAGGUCCCAAGUGCCUCGCAAGACAAGUGACUCUGUUGUUAAAAAUUCUGGCUUGUUAAUAUUGCACACUCACGGAUCGUUAGUGCGCAGACGAGCAAGUUCGUUCAACUCCUAUCUCUCCAGUUUGGCUGUUUCGGAUCUUCUCAUGGCUGUGUUCUGUAUUCCGUUUACUUUUUCGCAGAUAUGUCUGGGGUACUGGCUGUUUCCCCCCAUCCUGUGUCCCAUUGUCGUGUAUGCUCAACUUCUGAUGGUCACUGCUUCGGCUCUAACCAAUACGGCAAUCAGUUUGAAUCGGUUAUGGGGAAUAUUACAUCCACUAGGGACUGGCCAGGAUUCAUGCUACAGGAAUCCAUUCCGGCAUGCAGCAACACAUUUGGCCUGUGUGUGGCUCAUUGCGAUUUGUGGAAGUAGUGUACAACUGGUAGUUACGCGGGUGCCUCAAGAGCCGUCCUCCCUACAGGAGUGUACUGAAAGCUGGAGUGACGAUAGAACCAAACGCGCUAUUUAUUCGGUUGUUCUGUUUAUCGUUAUUUACCUGCUACCUCUCAGCAUCCAAAUAGCAGCCUAUGGUUUCAUCGGUAAACGGCUAUGGAAGCGAAAUAUCCCUGGCGAGCAUGUAGCAGCCAUUGAGUUAAGUCGUUUAAAGCAAAAAAGAAAGCUCUGGGAGCUUGAUGGAUGCCGUGCAAAAAUAUUUUGUCAGUACGCAUGCACCGCACUUAUAACCAGAUUGAUGAAUAUCCAAGAAAAAUUAUGCGGAGCAAUAGUGACAAAUCGCAUCGUAUUAACUCUAGUGACCAGAACCAACACACAAUUCUGUUCCCACCGACUCAAAGAACAAAAUGUGAUAAACAGCAGCGCUACUUUGCCGUCAGUUUCCAUUGAUAUUAAAUGGCCUGUUCGGUCUGUUCAACGAAACCGAAUCGGGGAGCUCGUUCGUGUCACAUAG